AUGGCACCGAUGGACUCAUACAUCUUCCCCAAACCCCCGCGCGAUCUCGUGGGCAAAGUGGCCAUCGUGACGGGCGCAGGCGCCCAAGGCGACGGCAUCGGUAACGGACGCGCCGCCGCGAUCCUCCUUGCUGACGUGGGCUGCGCUGUGCUCUGCGUGGACCGCGACCUGGCGCUAGCAGAACGCACCGUCGAAAUGAUCCGCGAAAAUGGGAGCAGCGCGUUCCCAGGCUCCGUGCGAGCCUUCCAGGCUGAUGUGACCGACGAGGCACAGUGCCGGGGCGUCGUGCAGGCGGCGAUGGACAGCUUCGGCAGGCUGGAUAUCCUGUUCAACUGCGUGGGCGUCGGCGGGGCUGCGGGCACGGCGGUCGAGGUCGACAUGGCGGCGUGGGCAAGGUCGAUGGAAAUCAACGUGUCGAGCAUGGUCAUGAUGGCCAAGUACGCGAUCCCUGCCAUGGUCCGCAAUGACAACGACUGGGGCUACAGAGGCAGCAUCAUCAACAUGGGCAGCGUGGCCGGGAUCCGCGGCGGGACACCGCACCUGCUCUACCCGACCAGCAAGGGCGCCGUUGUCAACAUGACGCGCGCAAUGGCGGCGCACCACGCCCCCCAGGGCAUCCGAGUCAAUUGUGUCUGCCCGGGCAUGGUGUACACCCCGAUGAUGUACGCAGGCGGCAUGAGCGACGAGGCCCGCGAGGCCCGCAAGAACCGCAGCCUGCUCAAGACCGAGGGCAAUGGAUGGGACGUGGGCUGUGCCGUGCGAUUCCUAGCAGGGCCCGAGGCGAGAUGGAUUACCGGCUUGAUUUUGCCCGUUGAUGCGGGCGCCACCGCUGCGGUAGGCACGGAUAUUCCCAGGUCAGCCAGCGUCAACGGUUGA